CCGUUUCCUUUCAUCCCACCUUGAAAUCAUUUAAAAAAGUUGUUGAAUUUUACAAUCCUCUAUUAUUCUUAAUCAAUAUAUUCUCUUUCACUCUCUACACAUAAUGUCACAACAACAGCAACAACAACAACAACAACCAGCUCCUCCUUCCUCUGCUACCAAUGCCGUUCUGGUCGCCUCUGAGCCUGUCCCCGAGGGCACCCAGGAGGUCCGCGGGGUCGACUUCGAACAAUUCCACGGCCGUGAUAUUACUGUCGCUGAGAUGGUCGACCAGAUGAAAUACAUGGGCUUUCAAGGAACUGCGGUUGCGGAUGCUGUCCGGAUUAUCAACGACAUGGUAUCAUUCUUUUUUUUUUUGUUUUUUUUUUUCUAUCCUUGACAUUGUUGGCUGGCCUGACUGGAUCUAUGUUCUCGUGGCUUAGCGUGCCUAUCGUCACCCUGAAACAGGCGACAAAACGACCAUCUUCCUCGGUUACACCUCCAACCUGAUUUC